GGCGAGCGGGCGGCGGCGACGGCGGGUGGCGUCUGGGGCGCCUCCGGCGGACGGUGGCGGCGCCGGGCAGAGAGGCCGCGGCUGCCGGGGUCGUCGGGGGACGGCGGUGAGCUCGGGCCUGGGCGGCGGCGGCCGGGGGCGCAAGCGGAGCCCCGCGCCGGCCCCAGCGCCCGGCUAUGGCCGCGGCCACCAUAGUCCACGACACGUCUGAGGCGGUGGAGCUGUGCCCCCCGUACGGCCUGUACCUGAAGCCCAUCACCAAGAUGACCAUCAGCGUGGCGCUGCCGCAGCUGAAGCAGCCGGGCAAGUCCAUCUCCAACUGGGAGGUGAUGGAGAGGCUCAAGGCCAUGGUGCAGCACCACCAGUUUUCCACGCUGCGCAUCUCCAAGAGCACCAUGGACUUCAUCCGCUUCGAGGGCGAGGUGGAGAACCGGAGCCUGGUCAAGGCCUUCCUGGCCUGCCUGGACGGCAAGACCAUCAAGCUCAGCGGCUUCUCCGACAUCCUCAGGGUGCGCGCCGCCGAGUUCAGGGUCGACUUCCCCACGCGCCACGACUGGGACUCCUUCUUCCGCGACGCCAAGGACAUGAACGAGACGCUGCCGGGCGAGCGGCCCGACACCAUCCACCUGGAGGGCCUGCCCUGCAAGUGGUUCGCGCUCAAGGACGCGGGCUCCGAGAAGCCCAGCGAGCAGGUGCUGGUGCAGGUGUUCGAGAAGUUCGGGCCGAUCCGCAACGUGGACAUCCCCAUGCUGGACCCCUACCGCGAGGAGAUGACCGGCCGCAACUUCCACACCUUCAGUUUCGGGGGCCACCUGAACUUCGAGGCGUACGUGCAGUACCGCGAGUACGUGGGCUUCAUCCAGGCCAUGAGCGCCCUGCGCGGCAUGAAGCUCAUGUACAAGGGCGACGACGGCAAGGCGGUGGCCUGCAACAUCAAGGUUUCCUUCGACUCCACCAAGCACCUGAGCGACGCCUCCAUUAAGAAACGGCAGCUCGAGAGGCAAAAGCUGCAGGAGCUGGAGCAGCAGAGGGAGGCGCAGAAGCGCAGGGAGAAGGAGGCCGAGGAGAGGCAGAGGGCGGAAGAAAGGAAGCAGAAGGAGCUGGAGGAGCUGGAGCGGGAGCGGAAGCGGGAGGAGAAGGUGCGGCGCCGGGAGCAGAAGCAGCGGGACCGCGAGCUGCGCCGCCAGCAGAAGAAGCUGGAGAAGCAGCAGGCGGAGGAGCAGCGGAAGCUGCACGAGAAGAUCCGGCUGGAGGAGCGCAAGCUGCUGUUGGCGCAGCGCAACCUGCAGUCCAUCCGCCUGGUGGCCGAGCUGCUGAGCAGGGCCAAGGCCGUGAAGCUGCAGGAGCAGGAGCACCGCGAGGAGGCGCUGCGGCUGCAGCGGCUGGAGGAGCGGCGGCGGCUGCAGGAGGCCGAGCUGCGGCGCGUGGAGGAGGAGAAGGAGCGCGCGCUGGGGCUGCAGCGCCGGGAGAGGGAGCUGCGCGAGCGGCUGCUCACCAUCCUGCUGAGCAGGAAGCCGGACGAGCCGCCGGCGCGCGACGAGCUGGGGGUGGCGCACGCGGACCUGCUGCAGCCCGUGCUGGACAUCCUGCACACGGUGUCGGCCGGCUGCGCGGGCGCCGCCGCCGCCGCCCUGCACCCCCUGGGGGCCCCGCCGGCCCCCGGCGCCCCGAAGCAGACGCCGCCGCGCCCGGACGCCGACGGCGCGCCCCGCGGCGUCAACGGCAGCCUGGCCGAGGGCGCGCCCUGCCGCGAAGGCGUGGGCGCGCGGCGCGGCGCGGCGGACGACGGCUCCCCGGACAAGCGCUGCCCCGGCGUCCUCGCCUGCAUCCCCGACAACAACCAGCAGCCCAAGGCCGCGCCCGCCGCCGCCGCCGCCUGUGAGCAGAGCGCGCCCAGGAAGGACGCGCGCUCCGAGCAAGACAAGUGCAACCGCGAGCCGAGCGGGAGCCGCGGCCGGGCCAGCGGGGGCCGCGGGGACGACGACAGGCACCAGCGGGAGCGCAGCCGGCCGCGGCGGGCGGGCAGCCGCGACGACGCGCGGACCCCGCGGAAGGAGCGGCGGCGCCACCGCAAGCACGCGCGCCCGGACGACAGCCCCCCGCGGCGCAGCGCCAGCCCCGAGCGCGCGCGCGCGCGCCGGUCCCACAGCAGAGAGCGCUCCAGCCACCGGGAGCGCAGCCGGGACCGCAGGGGCGGCUCGGGGCGCAAGCGCAGCCGCCACCGCCGCGGGGACCGCGACCGCUCGCGCUCAGGGUCGCCCGGCCGGCACCGCAGCACCUGGAACAGGUAAUGCAGGCCGUCCCGCCCCCC